GAGAAACAAGAGGCGGGCACUGUGAGCAUAUCAAGCCACCAAUGUACCAAAUACAGGACGUUGAGGUGAUACCUGGAUGGGAUGGGAAAAGCCCAGUACCAGUUCGAAAAAUUACGACAAAUUACAUCGAUGGUACGGCAGAUUAUUUGAUGGUGAAGCGUUAUCCGUUAAACACGGAUUUAUCCAUCAAGCGUUAUCCGCUUACCUUCUCCUUCGGCCCUUAUGUUCCAAUGGCUAGAAAUCUGGGCAUUUAUCCUGCACGCAUGUUAUUCAUAAAUGAGGAACCACGACAUGCACAAGCAGCGGCACUUCAUACUUCAGUUUCGAACGGCCAACCAGUCCUUCCGUCAAACAAAGUCCGCAGUACAGUUGAUGUUGCAUAUUCUCUAAAACCGCUUAGGAAAGCUAUCAGUCCUAUUCCGCAGAAAAAUCGGCCAACAUUUCGUCGUGGCCGAAAUUAUUUGCGUACGAUUUCCCGGAAGAUUCCAGGACGAAUGUUUACCUUUAACAAUGGUGGAUCAGGUGAUGCCGGAGCAUUCAUCGAAAUCGAUCCAGCAGAGCUUGGAUAUUUUAUUGAAGAGCAAGACCGACCGCUUUUUCGGCAGAACUAUACGUCCAGUCGUCGUGAAAUUACUGAACGAACUGUACAGGCACGAGAGAUUCCCAGGCAGCCAGUAGCUGCUGUUGCGGAAAAAUCCGGCCGAGCAAAUCUACAGUUGACUGAACCGAGGAAGAUCGGUAUUCAGCAGAAGCAAACCCCUCCGCCUUAUAUAGAUAAUGAACCGGAUCGUUCGACACAGGAUCUGCCAGCUUCCGGCAUCAAAGUACAAACUUCUGUGAACUCAGCAGGCUCAGCUCCAAGCCCGGAGAUCGGCUCCAGCAGCAGGAAUGAAGCAUCAGGCCAGACAGCCCAUCAACAAGUUUACCCCAGCAAAUUUAGCUACAGAAACGAGCCGCCGGUACAAACAGCUCUUACUUACAAAGGAGACGGAGAAAGCACCCAAACGGUCAGAUAUUUCAAAGAAAUUUUUUCAAUAUUACAAAGAGUAGAAGGAGCGUUUUGCUGGCUAUAUCUAAAAACAUACUCUCUACCUAUUUCACUAUUCCUGUAUCGCGUUCUUUUACUUUAUUCACUCUUAUUUAUAGCUACCUAA